CACCGUUGGAAAUGUGAUGCUAGCACAUUACUAAUAUCGCCAUGAAAUUUUGCAUGGAACACACAGCUACAGUUGACAUUGGAGUUCAUCACUUAGCACCUUUUUCAAACACUGUCCUAACCUAACUUUAUCACAUUGUGAUCACAUCUAAAUCUAUACAUAUACAGUACAUCUGACAUAAGAAAUUACAAUUUGCGAUAGCCGAUUUAGAAACGGAUUCAAAAUGCAGCUAGAUAAAGGUGCCCUUAGGAAUUUCAAAGACUUCCUUCAAAUGUACAAUCGGAUGACUGAGAUGUGUUUUUCGAGAUGUGUGGACAACAUUAAUUCUAGAAAACUAGAUGACCAAGAAAUAGAAUGUGUAGAAGAUUGCUCCAUGAAAUUUGUCAAAUACAACAAUAGGCUGAUGCAGAAUUUUGUUGUAGCCCAGCAAGAAGUGGUAAAUAAACGAGUAGCUGAGGCCACCAAAGCACAACAGCAACAACUUGAAAACGAGUCGAACAUCCCGGAAGCCAAACAGCAAAAUGUUCCCGAUAUAUCAGGAAUGAUAGAUUCUAAUCAGUCUGAACAAAAUACCAAUUUAGAAAUGGUCUCAAGAUGAAAGUAACUGUAUUAUAACUUGUAAUUGCUAGAACAAUUUUUUACAAAUCUAUGUUUUUCUGCUAUUAUGUAAGAGAUAUUAAAAUAGUGGUAAGCAAAUAAAUAGAAAAAACAUACAUUUAAACGUAUAA